AUGUCGAACGCAAUGUAUAAUAAGAUGUGGCAUCAGACCCAAGAAGCCCUCAAUUCUUUGCUUGAUAAAGAGUCCCAGAACAUGAUGGAAUCACAAAGAAAUCAAGUUUUCAUCUUCCAAAUGCUGGCCACCUUCUACAUAAAAUAUGUGCAGAUCUUCAGAAACCUGGAGGAUGUCUAUGACCAGAUCGUCCACCCGCAGAAGCGAAUACUGAUCCGAAAAAUCCUGGAUGGAGUGAUGGGUCGCGUCCUGGAACUGAAGAAUGAAAUGGUUGAAUUGGAAUUAACUGAGUUUCACUAUUUUGAUGACAUCCUACAGGAUCUAAAGUUGGCUCCUCAACAAUUAGAUAUUCCCAUCCCCAAGUAUUUUUUGAAGGAGAAAUUGGAAGUAAUCAAAGGAAGGGAGAAAAUUCUUGCUCAAAUAUUAACCAGCGCUGGAUUAGAUAUACCCAAAAAGAAAUACGGCGUGAAGAGUAUCCCCCUAGAAGAGGCUGUUAAGCUAAUCCAGAUCUCCGAGAGAGCACGGCAAGGUCGCCUAAGAGCGAUGUUCAUGAAGCAAAUCUUCCUUCGAGAACACAGAGCAAAGCAAGCCAAGAUACUUGGCGAGAAAGUCGCCGACGUGGGAGCCGCCGCGCUGCAGAUUCAGAAGGUUUGGCGAGGUUUCCAUCAGUGUAAGAAAACCAAAAAACAGAGAGAGGAGGAGAUGAUAUUCCUGGGUAUGAAUCCACCUCCUCUGUUUAAUGAAGUCAGUGCUACAGUCAUCCAGGCUGAAAAGGUGGCCUCUCUGAGGAAUGAGAUGCAGAUAAAGCAUGAGACGAACUACAAAGAAGCCUUGGUUACAAUCAAGGAUGACCUGAAAUUACUAGAAGGUCCAGAUAUCAAGGAGAACCUUCAAGACCAGAUCCGGCAUUGGUUCAUCGAAUGCAGGAACUUAACUGGCAUGUUUCCUGAGUACCCUAACGUGGAAGAAGGAGGGUCAGCAAUUAUCUUUUCCAACAAGACUCCGCAACAGGUCACUGAAGAUAUUAUUGCAACCCAAGAAGAGGAGGAGAAAAACAAAAAGAAAAAGAAGAAGAAGGCAAAGAAACCCAAGAAACCUAAAAAAGAAAAGGAAAAGAAAGAGACAAAGGAAAAAAACAAGGAAGAAGAUGAGGGAUGGAAAAUGUCACCGAGUGUGUUCCUUCCCAUGAUGGAGGAAGGAAACAACGUGUACAAAGACAUGUGGAAGAAUAGAGACGAGUCGUGGAAUUUCCCGCAGGACUAUGACCCAGAACUGAUCAAACAGGAGAAGCGAAAGGAACUAGAGUCGGAGAUCAGAGUGCAGGUGGAUGAGCUAAUGCGACAGGAGCUCAAAAACUUAAAACUGGCUGUGAACAGAGAAAAGGAGUAUCCGGUCAAAGUGGGAAAGAAGAAAGGUAAAAAGAAAGGGAAGAAAGGCAAAAAAGGGAAAAGAGGGAAGAAGGACAAAGAUCUAACAGCUGACAGGACCAUUGAGUCUCUGUAUAAGGAACUGGUGGAAGAAGGGCUGCUGAUCCAGGCUCUGAAAGUUAACCUCUCUGAUUACAUCGGAGAGUACAGUUACUUGGGGACCACCCUUCGCCAGGUGUCCAUAGAACCCAUGCCUUCGCUCCUGGAUGUCAGACAGCUCAUCGCCCUGUACGGGAUCUUGCCACUAGGUUCUGCAACGGUGCACGAGAAAGCUCCUCUGGUGAAGUCCCUGCUGCUGGCAGGGCCAUCCGGGGUAGGGAAGAAAAUGCUGGUCCACGCCCUCUGCACGGAAACGGGCGCCAACCUCUUCAACCUGUCGGCAGCGAACAUCGCAGGGAAGUACCCCGGCAAGAACGGCCUGCAGAUGAUGCUGCAUGUGGUCGUCAAGGUGGCCCGCGAGCUCCAGCCCUCCGUGGUCUGGAUCGGAGACACAGAGAAAACCUUCUACAAGAAAGUCCCCAGCGCAGAAAGGACGAUGGACCCGAAACGCCUCAAAAAACAGCUUCCAAAAAUCCUGAGACUCCUGAAACCGGACGACAGGAUUCUGAUUGUGGGGACAACCCAGCGCCCCUUCGAUGCUGAGCUUCAAUCUUUUUGCAAAGUUUACCAAAAAAUUAUUUUGGUUCCCAGACCAGACUAUGCUUCUAGAUUCGUUUUGUGGAAACAGAUCAUCCAACGCAAUGGAGGCGUCAUUACCAAUGCCCUGAAUAUCAGUUGCCUGGCAAAGGUCACCGAUGGCUUCACCCAAGGACACAUAGUCCAGGUGGUUAAAGGUGUGCUCACAGACCGCAGAAUCCGGCAGCAAACGUAUAAACCGCUCACGGCAGUGGAGUUUAUUGCGAUGCUAGCCAGCAUGAGUCCAGUGUACCAGGAGGAAGAAGAGAGCUUUAAGGACUGGUAUGCCAAAACCCCUAUGGGUAAAAAGCGAGCCUUGGCGCUAACAGAAGGGAACAUUGAAAAGGAAAAGGAAAAAGGGAAAAAGAAGGAAAAGAAGGGAAAAAAGGAGAAGAAGAAAAAGUAA